UGUUGUGCACGGCAGAGGAGCGACCGCAGCGAGACUCGGCGAUUAGGGGGAUGCGGCAUCGGUGCGCGGGGGCUGUCCAUCAGCAUCAACAGCAUCAGCAUCAGCAUCAGCAGCAGCAGCAGCAUCAGACCCCCCAGCAGACGGCAGCGAGCGGCGAGCCAGACGCGCCUGUUUUCAGCCUGCCGCCCCCGCCCUCCUCCCAGCAGCAGCGAGAGUGCGACGCGCACCGCCGGAGCCUCCAGGAGCUCCCCUGCCUGAGUCAGCCCGCGCGGCGCGGGGAAACGCCGUUUCCAGCGGGCGCGCAGCAGCAGGACCCCUGGGCCCCGGCCGGCUCCCAGCCUCUUUUUCCCAGCUGCCACUGCAGCUUUUCCACCAACCAUUCACAAAAGCAGCGUCCUCUCCCCGCACCGCAGCCCUCCCCCGCGCUUAUUCCGCCGCCGCCGCCGCUACCGCCGCCGCCAACCUCCUUUCCCGGGGAUUGUCAACGUCUGGCAAGGAGUGGCGAUAAUUACCGCCAGGCGAGCAUCGUGGAACGCUGCAGGGGAGGAGGAGGAGAGCGCAGGCAGCCGCAGCAGAAGCAACACUGUCAUCCACCCAGGGACUCCUCCCCUGAAGGAAUCCGUGCAAACUCGCAGAAAAGCUGCAUUCUCGCCGAGCCGCGGACGCAGCAGCAACAGAUCCCGCAAUUGCGAGCGCAGCGGCAGCUACUGGUGGGGAGCAGCCUGCCCGUCAACUACUGCGCCAGCGGCCCCGGGGAGCUAUGUAGGACCCGCCAGGCUCCACUGCUGCAGCAGCAGCGCGCACCGGGGCUCGUCGUCUCCCAGCGGCCGCCGCCGCAGCAGCGGCAGCAGCAGCAGCGGCCGCACGGUGACCAGCAGGACCGCAAGAAGUGCGCCAGGACCCCCGCGCCAGGCGCAACGCCCCCGGCCAAGUCGAGCGCGACCGGCGGCGGCAGCAGCAGCAGCAGCAGCAGCAGCAGCAAGGAGAGCCCCAACUACGGCUCCAGCUAUCACCUGUGGCCGGAGAGCCCGCAUAAAGGCGAGGAGAGGAUCCGCAUCGACCCCCACAAGGCUACUACUGAGAAGAAGAAGCUGAGCCAUGCCGGAUCCAAGCCCUCCCUCUCCGAGAGCAACCGCCGACUCCCUCAGAUAGCCAUGAACACCUGCAAGUACAAUGGCGGCGUGGUGAGACCACUCGUGGGCAGUCUGGCGUCCUCGUCGCGCCGCAACCUCGCGGAGCUCGACUCGGAAACGCAGCCCCUGCAGACGCUGCACAGCUCCGGCUUGGAGGUGGUGGUGUCCAAGGGCAAUGGCGGCGAAGACCCCAGCAAGGCGUCCAAUGAGAGCCUGGCCAGGGAGGGCAGCGGGCGAGGCGGAGGACGGGCGCCGCAGAAGAAGAACAGGGACAUUGGCUACAAGCUGGGCCACAGGAGGGCGCUGUUCGAGAAGCGGAAGCGACUCAGCGACUACGCGCUCAUCUUUGGGAUGUUUGGGAUUGUUGUCAUGGUGACGGAGACAGAGCUCUCAUGGGGGGUUUACACUAAGGAAUCUUCAUAUUCAUUUGCACUGAAAUGCCUUAUCAGCCUUUCCACUGUUAUACUGCUUGGUCUUAUAAUAAUGUACCACGCACGGGAAAUCCAGCUGUUUAUGGUUGACAACGGUGCGGACGACUGGAGGAUAGCCAUGACCUAUGAGCGGAUCUUCUUCAUCGUGCUGGAGCUGCUGGUGUGUGCCAUUCACCCCAUUCCCGGCCAGUACGUCUUCACGUGGAGGGCCCGGCUGGCCUUUACGUACACGCCGUCCGUGGCGGACGCGGACGUGGACAUCAUUCUCUCCAUCCCCAUGUUCCUGAGACUCUACCUGAUCGGCAGGGUCAUGUUACUUCACAGCAAGCUGUUCACGGACGCGUCGUCUCGCAGCAUCGGCGCCCUCAACAAGAUCAACUUCAAUACACGCUUUGUCAUGAAAACUCUCAUGACCAUCUGCCCAGGAACUGUUCUGCUGGUGUUCAGUAUUUCAUCCUGGAUCAUUGCUGCUUGGACUGUGCGCGUCUGCGAGAGGUAUCAUGACAAACAGGAAGUGACCAGUAACUUCCUGGGAGCCAUGUGGCUCAUCUCGAUCACCUUCCUCUCCAUCGGCUACGGGGACAUGGUACCGCACACGUACUGCGGGAAAGGCGUGUGUCUUCUUACAGGGAUUAUGGGAGCUGGCUGCACUGCGCUCGUGGUUGCAGUGGUGGCCAGGAAGCUGGAGCUGACCAAGGCAGAGAAGCACGUCCACAACUUCAUGAUGGACACGCAACUCUGCAAACGAGUGAAGAACACAGCUGCCAAUGUACUCAGGGAAACAUGGCUCAUCUACAAACACACCAAGCUGGUGAAGAAGAUCGAUCACGCCAAGGUGCGGAAACACCAACGCAAGUUCCUGCAAGCCAUCCACCAACUGCGCAGUGUCAAGAUGGAGCAGAGGAAGCUCAACGAUCAGGCCAACACCUUGGUGGACCUGGCAAAGACCCAGAAUGUGAUGUACGACCUGGUGUCAGAGCUCCAGGAGCGCAGCGAGGAGCUGGACAAGCGCAUCGGCACACUGGAGGACAAGCUGGACUCGGUGACGGGCAGCCUGCAGGCGCUGCCCUGCCUCAUCUCCCAAGCCAUAACCCAGCAGCAGCAGGACUUCCUGGACGGCUUUGUUCACCGCUUUCGUCCCGCGUCGCUAGCGUCGGAGCGCUCGGAGCGCUCCGAGCGAUCCUGGACGUCCACCGCCCGCAGGCGGCGCUCCCCCUCCACCGCACCGCACACCUCCUCCGAUAGCGGAUAACCUCCGGAUCCAUCCUUCUCCCCCCCCCCCCCAACACCUUCCUGAACCACAACUCCUCUCCCCCUCCCCUGUGACUGAGCCUUUCAGCGCAGGACCGGAUCCGGGAAACGGAGAGGAGGAGAAAAAACAAAAAACAAGUGCAUCCGAAAAACAAAAAAAGAAACAAAAGAAAAAGACUGAAAAGCCGAGAUAAAGUAGAGGUAUGGUUUAUGUUUUAGCCAUUGUAUGGCUGUUCAAGUUAGCUUUUUUGUAAAAGCCCUUAAAUUGGACCGAGGUCAGGGUCGCUUGGGGUGAGAGCUGGCUAUCACACCGGAGAGUCCUUAACCGACAAAACUUUGGGUUUCCCAUCCCUCCCGGAUUCUUUCCUGUACAGGUCUGGCAGGCGAACGCCGCAGCAGAGGCUGAAAACCCGGCGUUUUUUUGUUUGUUUGGGGGGACUCGCACGAGCCCAGCGGAAGACUUCACACAAUUGCCAACGUUCAAGGUUUCCGGCCUCCUUUGCUCUUCGAGGAAAAAAAAAAAAAAAACACCAGAGCGACUAUCUUUUUUAGUUCCAUACUGACAUGUGAUUUUUUCAGUGCCUGAAUGUAUAAAUAGUAGAGGGUUAUUUAAUUACUAAUUUCCGAAGCUUUUUUACGAUGUUAACGGUCUGAAUACAGCAUUGCAUUCCCUUUUCAGAUACAUUCCUCUCCGACAAUUCAAAAGAAGAAAAAAAAAAACGUCUCUAAUGAAAAACGAUGCAUAACAUUUCCUCCAUUUCGCAACAUGUUUCGUUUGUUUUCCCUUCUGUUUCUUUUUCUGUUUAUACUAACACCGUGGGGCAGGGGGGAGAGAGAGAGAGAGAGAAAAAAAAAGGGGGAAUGCGCAGAGUGCGUUGUUUGUUUUUUGGCCGAACACAACGAUGGAAAGGUGGCGUGCACCUGUCUCGGCACCACUAAUUGGAGCCCCCUUGUCUUGAAAAUAAUACCACCCUGCCCCCUUUGCAUGGUUCUGUGCAAAACUGACAGUGGAACAUGAAGUUACUUGGAUGGCCUACUGAAUUUAGAUGAUUUUUUUAAUAUAUUUUUUUCUCCACUCUUCAAUUCGUUUGUCGCCUUUCUUUAUCGGUUCCCUUUUCACGCACUUUUUUUUUUAUUUAUUUAUUUUUUAAUAGCCCCUAGAAGAGUUGCAGUAAAUGUGAUUCUGUAAUGCAUUCCCUGUUUAAAAAAAAAAAAAAAAAAAAAAAAAAAAAAAUUAUGACAGUGAAGGAAAACCACGACUAAGAAAACCCGUUCGAAAAGGACGCAAAUAAAAGUGCUGAAGAAACUUUGACGGGUGCCGGAACAGUUCAUUGGUUUCUCUCUCUCUUUUUGUAUUUUCAAAUGUAAACAUUUGCUGCAAAAACAUUCAAUAUGUAUAAUGUAAGUAUAAACGUUUAUAAUAACAUUUAAUAUUAACCUAUAUUGAUCAUUUUAAAUAUACGCAGCACAUUCAUUUAAUUUCUUCAUCACUUAUUACUACUCACUAGGCAACAAACAUCCGAACCCCAAAACCAGUGAAGUCGUCACGUUGUGAAAAUGGUAAAUAAAAACAAAAUACAAUGUUUUGCAAAUCAUUUUCAACUUAUUUUCAAUAGAAUAGACCGCAAAGACAAGAUGUUUAACGUUCGAACUGGAAACAUUUGUUAUCUUUUGCAAU